GCAAGCAAUUGGAAAUAAUGCCCUGAACUUCCAAACUAGCUUAGACCGUAGAGUAGUUGAUAUUGUGAAUGUUCUUGUGUGGUUUGUUUUUUCAUGGAAUUAUAAUGUGAACUGCUCCAGGUUUAAUAACAAAAUAUUAAUCAAACGGGGCAAAAAAAGUCGUAAUUUAUCAUUGUUAUGACUGUGGAGUUAAUUGCAUGUUAUGCUUUCCGCGGACCUUUUCUGCGUCUUGGGUGAUCGUGAAUGCCGUGGAUAAUGAGCAGUAUGCACGAGCAUGACUCGACUAAACGACCCAUCUACCUCGCGUCCGAGGAAGUGGAUGCCCUCUCUGACGACCCGACAAUGGCUGACAAUGACCAAACGCCCGUCGUAUCGCCAACAGAGACCCUUCCCGUCAAAAGCUUGGAGGACGAACCGUCUUUUGACGAAGAAGACCGAAUCGUUCUGAAUGUUGGUGGGGUUCGCCACGAGACCCACGUGGCUACGCUAAAGAAGAUUGAUCGCACGAGGCUUUCAAGGUUAGCGGAGCAACACGAGGACGCGACCAGCCAGAAGGAUGUUUAUUUCUUUGACCGCCAUCCUGCCGUGUUCAACUCUAUUAUCGAUUUCUAUCGGACAGGCGAGCUUCACGUCCCUCUGGAGGUAUGCGGGGCGGUGGUAAAACGGGAACUGGACUACUGGCAAAUCAACGAGAAUCACAUCAAGUCCUGUUGCUGGCGGAACUACCGAUCCUACAUCCAGAACAAGAUGAUCCUUGACUCCUUCAAUAGAAGUAUUAUCAAACAGCAGAUGAGCAUUAAGACGGACGACAUGCAAGGCUGGGAGAAGUUCCGCACCCAGUCGUGGCUACUUCUGGAGUAUCCGCGCACCUCAAGGGCCGCUAUGGUAUACGGUAUCGUGUCUCUGAUGUUUGUGGUAACGUCCAUUCUUGGAUUCUGUCUAGAGACGCUGCCCGCCCUGCGGCCACAACAGAUCAACAUUACGGCCGACAACACCACCACGUGCGACGGCAAAAUUCAGACGGGUGUCGCUACUAUAAUGCAGCCAAAUAAAGCCUUGAACUUCCUAGAUAUCAUCUGCACCACCUUUUUUACCGCCGAGCUUAUUAUCCGUUUCAUCAUGUCACCCAAUAAGUUCGCGUUUGUCCGCUCCGCCAUGAAUAUUAUUGACCUUUUGGCACUCGUGCCGUUGUAUAUGCAACUUAUUUUAAACAGUGACGCUUUUAAAUUUUGUUAUGGCAACGAAAGACUCAUUUUUGAAAUCAUGUUCAUUUUGCGUAUUAUUCGUAUGUUCCGCAUUUUUCAUCUCGUAAAGCACUACCAAGCUUUGCAAAUUUUGGUUUACGCGCUCAAGGCUAGUGUGCAGGAAUUGCUCAUGUUACUGAUAUUCUUACUCAUAGGGAUGCUCGUCUUCGGCACAAUGAUAUACUAUUCAGAACGAAAGGACGCCAUGAAUUCGGGUGACAUGUUUUCAACCAUUCCUUUGGGAUUCUGGUGGGCAAUAAUUACUAUGACAACCGUCGGAUAUGGUGACGUUUAUCCGACGACGCCGAUAGGUUAUGUCGUCGGCACGUUCUGUGCCGUUAGCGGUGUUCUUAUGGUUGCGUUAACGAUCCCAGUUAUAUCGAACAACUUUACGCUGUUCUAUACCCACGUUCGUUCGCGUGGUGGAUCAGAUUCGAAAGAAGACGCCGGGGAUGUCAACAGUGACGUACAAUUCCAUUCCGAUGAAGGGGCAAGGAUUUAUGAAAACGCUCGACGAACUUCGAAUGGUUCAAUAAUAAUGAACGAGAGAAGUUUUACUAUCAAUAUGAAUCGACGAGGCUCUGAUAUUUCUGCGUAUACCCAGGAUCCGUACACGAACAACGGCAAGUGUGGUCACAACGGAGAUAUUCGUUUUGGUCGUCUGCUCGGGGAUACCAAGCCAAAUUCACGGUUCACUGAGCCUUCGCGGUUCAUUGAACCUGUUCGGUUCACUGAGUCGUCCUCUAUGAGUGAUAUGGCAACCAAUAAAGCAGCGGAAGAAGUGGACUCCUUUAUCACUACUUCCGGUACGGUGAAGGCGCAUUCGGAUGACGGCGUCAUGUAUUCAGAUACGUCUUAUUUUUCAGAUACAACAUGCUGAUAAUAUAUUUAGAAGGAAAAGUACAGUUGAAAAACAAUGCAACUGACUGAGUGAGUUAAUUGCAUAAAGAACACUAUCUUCGUUGUUUAUCACAAUGCACAACGUCAAAAACAGAACAGAACUGAACAUUUAUUGACCAUGGAAGGUAAAUUUAGUCAAACUGGAAUGAACAGGGUUUGAUGUAUCAACGGUUGUAUCUCGGUCUUGUUGAAUUCAAGAGCAGUUGUUACCAUGAAUGUAUAACGCCAAACGGCGUCAUA